CGAGGUGAUUGACCGCAGGGACAGAUAUCUGCUCACACUAACAUUACCUCUCAUCGCUUCACAGCUCAUCGCCAGCCCUCACUAACCUCCACUAAUUACCAGCCUCGACAGAAACUAGAAGAGCCGUCUUUCUCUCGUCCACACUGAAGUCAGCGAGUAGAAGUGGAACUGCAGAACUCAGGUCUGAAUCAGGUCAUCAUGUGUACGGGUAAAUGUGCUAAAUGCACCGCAGACCUUCUCUUCCCGCUCGGUCUCCUAGCCGUGGUCGGAAACAUCCUGCUGUUUUUUCCCAACGGUGAGGUGUGGAGGACCGAGGAGAUCACUGAGAAGAUCUGGUUCUUCCCCGGGGUGAUCGGAGCAGGACUGCUGGCGUUUCUGCCAGCGUCGGUCAUGAGGGCCGCGGGGCUGGAGGGCAGCUGCUGCGCAAACAGAUGCGGGAUGAUGCUGUCCAUGCUGAUGUCUGUGUUUGGUGUUGCUGGAGGUCUGUAUUGUAUGAUCAUCUCUGCCGUCAGCCUGCAGGACGGCCCUCUGUGUGACACAGGAGACGGGAUCUUCAUCUACCCCUUCCUAAACAGCACUGCAGAAGAGAGUUACCUGUUCAACCAGACGUCAUGGGCGGUGUGUGUGCGGCCACAGAAUGUGGUGAUGUGGAACGUGGUCCUGUUCUCCAUUCUCUUGAGCAUCGGGACUCUGGAGGCUGUGCUUCUGCUGGCACAGGUAGUCAACGGACUGAUCGGAUGCCUCUGUGGGACCUGCAUGAACAAGAACCAGACACAGAUGGAAUGAAAACCCAAGAGCACACUCCAGUAUGUGGGACCUGUGCUGAAAUACAUACGAACACAAUGACAUCCACACAGAUCUACAGAAACACACGUGUGAAAUACACUGAGGUUUCAUAACACACAUAUGAUGAAUAUCAUGUCUAGUUUUUGUGAAUCAUACCCUUGUCCUCUAUAAAUGAAGCCUUUGACAGGUAAUGAAUCUAUAGAAGGUCAAAGCAUCUCAUGGCAAUUCGUAGGUGAUUUUACAUUUUGGUGAAUUGGUGGCUAAUUCACAUGAAUUCAUCCAAUCUUAUUAACGGUUAUGUUUGGGGGUGGACCUUCAUGUUUACCUUUUUAUCAAAAAUCGUAUGUUGAAUUCAUGCAAUAUCACCUCCUCAUAAAAUAGCUAAGUUUUCUCAUGAGAUUAGGUUUCAAUAUUUCAGAAACAUGAUGUUUGUAUAACCCUGUGAUAUUCAACUAUCAAAUAUAAUACACAUAUUUUCCAAGUUUUGUAAAGCUGCUUACAUUUAUCCAUUUUGUUAAAGUAUGUAAAGAUGAGUUAAACAUCCACUAGUGUAAAACCUAAUAAAUCUCCUUACUAACCCUUGUUAGUUGACUUAAAGUGCAACAGUUCAUUGAACUUGCUUGUGUAAAUCUAGUCCUGUGCAUUAUCUGUGUCUUUUGCAUUAGUUACACAGAAAGAUACAUUUUAAGAUAAAUUAAUUAAUCAGUUCCGAUAUCAGCCCCACAAACCUGUGACAAUGCCUUGCUGUAAUGUGGGGUUUGGGUUUUGUUUUUGUUUCAUGUUCAUGUCUUUUAUUAUUUAGU